GUUGUGGUAAAAUAUCUAAUGCAAUACCAAAUGUAACGCUGAACACGCGAAAUGAGCUAUGUUGACAUGAUUACUGUUGAUCUUAGGUACCAUGUGAAAAUGUAAACUGGCUCUGGACAUCGUUGCUAUUACACUUGUCCUGUUACAUUGUACCUAAAGUUGACGUUAACUGUAGCUCAGCUAGCAUGUUGCUUCUGGUGUGGCUAAACCACAUAGCUUGUUUACGCAUUGCUCUUUAGUCGGAUCUGUUCGUUUUGGCCUGAAUAUCAGUACUUUGGACCAUAUUCGAAGUUGGCCAUCUCCUCGCUGUCUUGACUGUUCUAUUUGGUGUGUGGUGGUGGCAUCAGCCUUUGGAGACUGCCUUGAGUGUGUGGACAUAUGCGAAGCAGCAAGAUGGACAAGGCAGAUUUUUUGAAAGGUCUUCCUGUCUACAACAAAUCCAAUUUCAGCAGGUUCCAUGCAGACUCUGUGUGCAAGGCAUCGAAUAGAAGACCAUCUGUCUAUCUUCCAACAAGAGAAUAUCCAUCAGAACAGAUUAUUGUGACGGAAAAAACGAAUAUCCUCUUGCGCUAUCUUCACCAGCAAUGGGAUAAAAAGAAUGCGGCUAAGAAACGGGAGCAGGAGCAAGGCGAGACAGGGAGCCCACCGCCACCCCGGAAAAUCGCCCGGACCGACAGCCAGGAGAUGAAUGAAGAUUCAUAAAAGCGGAGUGGAGAUGGUGACACUACAUGACUACGGACAUUUAAAAAAAAAAAAACAGACAUAGAAGGGCGAACAGGCACACAAGAAAAAAAUCUGAAAAACAAAAACAACGAUUGAGCAUGUUACAGAAAAAAAGGCUUGCACAUCCAGCUCUUCUGUCCUGUAUAGGUGCCUGAACUCUGAACUGCUGCACAACAAUAUAGAGGAGCAGGAUUUUUUGGACAUGAAAAGACGAUAGGAUUUAUAUUUUUAAAGUUGUUGUUUUAGUUGUUGUUACUUUUUACAAAGAGCUGUCUGUCAAGCUCUGUGUGUCCUUUCUCAGCUUAACUGCCCAGUCUUGAGCACAUGCCGGGGGCACUAUGUUAUAUUUUCACUGCCAGUUAUGUAGUAGACCCAUGAAAACACUGUGAACUGCCAAGUAGUAGUCUGUAGGGAAAGCCUGCACAGUGUGUUGAACUUAACCAUGCAUAAUACUGUGUUGGGAGUUUUCGUUUGGUAGUUCUUGCUGCAUUUUAUUUUUUCGACGUAUGCAGAUCCCCUUCUUGUGUGCAAAGGGUCAUUAGAAGAACUCAAUCUUUCAAGCUCUGAAUCAUAAAUGAUUUUUUUGAUGCAUGUCAGUCUAGAAUGGGAUAUACGUAUUAUGUUGUUGAAAGUGUUAAUGUUCAUAUGCUUUUUUUGUUUUGUUCAUUUUGUUUUUUAUUUUUUGCACAGUGAACAUACCAGGAAUUUCAUUCUGUCUUAUAAAGGUGUUGUCUCUUUUUAACAAGGGAUUUUUACGCUAUUCAUUGAACCCUCCAUCUCAUGGCAAAUUUACAUGUUAAUAUUUGGAGCAAAGGUGGAAUGUCAGUUCUGUAGAAUUUUUAGACCUUGUAUUGCAGUGAAUGGCAUUUCCUGUUAAAUAUAUGAUUUGUAAGCCGGCAGUGAGAGAACUGAUGGUAUGUGCGUUCCCAUUUCACUCAUUAGUACCAUACCAGCCUUUUCGUGGUGUGUGAAAUGUCUGCAAAAACCAGUAAUAUUUAGUUAAGCGAAAACAGAACGAUCUACCAUUGCGGUGUCAAUGUGGAUAUGCGUUUCUGUUGAGCAAGAUACUGGCAGUUUCUUUUCUAGUGUCUCCGUUUUGCAAGAGUAUGUGGAUGUGCGUGUUCAUACAAUUAACCAGGAGUGCGUUUCUCAAAAGUGUUGUUGCUAACCAAGUUAGCAACUUUGUUUGCAGUGCAAUUUCCCAUUGGCAACAUACUAAGUUGCUAACUGGUUAGCAACAAUGCUUUUGGGAAAUGGGCCCCAGACUAGUGGCUCUGUGAUGUUUGGAAAUGUUUACACAGAGUGACCUCUGGAUAUAUAGAUAUUGAAAUCGACAUCACAGUGCAACCCUCAAAGGCAGGCUGGGUAUGUACAUAAGUAGUGACCAGGCAUGGGCAUCAAAGGAAUGUUGUACAGUACCUAUCGAAGGGUCAGUUUCGGUCCAUACACCAGUGUGUGCCAUGAAUUAUAAGUAAUGGGAACAAUACCCUGCAUUUGUUUCCUUCAGAAGAUAGAUGUUACAUCCGGCACUUAACAGUGCAGAUGUGACAGCACACUGAGAAGAAAUGUGGAAGAAGAGAUGGCAAGUCAACCUUUUCUUGCUUAAAAAGAUUUUGUUUGCCAUCUCCGAUUUGGAGUGACUGUCUUAUCGAACGCUUCCACAUGAUUUGCUACAAGUUCCUUUGCAAAUUCAAAUAAAUGGUGGGGAAAGCCUAA